CGACAUACAACAGUCAUCCCAUCAGCAGCGCUCUAACUCUGAGUGUUCAUCGGCAUCGUGGGUACGAAACAGUCUUCUCUUUUCCAACACCUGUACGACUGUCAGAAUGCUGGCAGACUCUUUGAUGAAUUGGCACCAUCAUUGACCCUGCUGAAAGACUCAUCUCCCACAUCGAACAACCAUUGUAUGGGCUACAUCAAAGUGACCAUCCCUGUGUAGUUGGGCCGAGGCGGAGAUCGUCUUACUUUCCUGCUCUUGGAUGUCCAAAUUUGGACUCACUUCUCCCAGUCCUAAUAUCGCCAUGAGUGGUUCAUCUGAUCCAUCUGAUUACCAAGGAAGUGCAUAGACCUUGAAUUGUCGCCCUCAUCACACUCCUUGGCUGGUUUUAAAUCCCACGGACACCUCGAGACUUACUUCGUCUGCUGUCGCAUGACCAGACAAUAUCACCUCGUCGUUUGUUGGUCAUUAGAGCAAAUACAUUGGCAAUGUCAUGGUUUCCCUUUCUCAGCUCGCAGACUGCCUCCACCACCUCGAAUUCCUCCCUGACCACCGAAGAGCAACAGAUGCCUGAUCUCGACAAUUCUGCCAUUCAAGAGUACAACUUUGACGAUAUUGCUGAUAAGUUUGACGAUUUCCAGAAAGAGCUUCAAAAAGCCGAUGCCAGACUUUCCCAGCACCAGGCCGACAUUCAAGAACUUAACGAAGCUCUAAGAUCCAAGUCUCGAGAUCUCGCAUCUCGAGAAAAGACGCUACUAAAAGUGACCAAGGAAAAUGAACGCCUGAGCGCUGAUCUGAAGAAGGAACGAAGGCAAUAUUCCGAAUCUCAAAGCCGACUGAAAGCUCAGCACGCAAGUGCUCUCGCAAGGGAAAAGGGACUGUGUGCACAGCUACAGGAAGUAUACAAAACCCAGACUGAAUCGCUCAAUAACCUGGAGGCGAGAUACGUCAAUGCAAAAUUUGACCUUGAAUACCUCAAAUGUGUCGCUGAACCAAGGGCCCAAGCGCCAACUCUCUCGGGGCGUCACAGUGAGAUUCUAUUGCCGCCGCAACCCUUUGUGGUGGUGUUGGUGGACGGCGAUGCGUACGAUUGGGCACCGGAGAUCUUUGCUCACGCCUUUGAUUCCAAAGGGGCCCCGGUCGUUGCACGCAAUAUCGCCGAGCAUCAAACCCCAGGCUCAAUCGCGGCAAGCCGCAUCAGACAGCAGGUUCUGGCAUACAUUCUCGAAACCAAAGGCCAGAUCCCGGGUUCGUCCAAAAUCAUUACUCGAGUCUUCUGCAACAUGAAUGGCUAUGAAUCCCAUCUCAAUCUACCGGCUAAAAGGAUGAACCGAAGUCCGCGGACAUUUGCCCUGGACUUUACCCAGAAAAUGCCACUGUUUGAUUACUUCGAUGCUGGUAGGGGAAAGGAGCGAGUGGACGACAAGAUCCGAGGUGAGUUCAUGCCGCUAUGAAAUUUCUUGCAAGUAUUUAGAGACGAGGCAUGUCUCUCCUCGCUGCUCGCCCACGCGGCCAAUUUUUAAUAGUGUUCCUCGCGUAUCGCACUUGAAAGUACCAUGCCCGCUCAGUGAAGAGACUAAUGCUCAUGCAGAAAACUUCAAUCUCUAUCUAUCGACGCCGAAUUGCGCAGCCAUCUUUGUUGCUGCGUGUCUCGAUAAUGGUUUCGCUCGAAUGCUGGAGCCAUAUACUGGGCAUGAGCCUGCCUACGAAAAGAUUAUUCUCGUCUCGCCGGGUCACAUGGCGCUUGAGAUGUUCAAGCUCGAUUUCAAAUCGGUGACCUGGCCCAGCGUCUUUGCCCCACCAGACGUUCGCCCAGAGGUUCUGCAAAGGCAUAGGCAAGAGGUUUCGAGACGGAAAGCUGCGGCCACACAAGUCACUAGAGAUGAAGACAAUAAACCACUAUUGGCAAAUCAACAAGCUGGCCAGGCAGUCUUAAGGAGUCUACCAGCCCCGCUUGCGGACUGGAAGGGACCGGUCCACAACUUGAUUGCUGCCUUUACUGCCGGUCGAGGUCUAUCCGCUGCAGGCAAGGCGGAGUCGAGUUCAGAGUGGAUACGAGAUGGGGCAGAUGAGUUGAAGGCUGCAGUUGAUUGAUGUUCAUGCAAAAUAACGAUGUUAUUGUCUCGGAGAAGACAAUGGGACGGUCGAAAUACGACGGGUACCUACGAGCACUCCCAAUCAAAGUAGCGGUUCGAGAUAGAAUCCACGCGGCAGAGAUCGAGUUUACAGCAAGGUCGCACAAGUCACUUGACGAGAAAUGAACUGCUGAGCACGCGGCCAAUUAGGUGAAGGUAAUAGGUCCUUCGAAUGGCUCUUUCUGUACAGCGAGCCGGGAUCAUUGGUCUACGAAUGGCUCCAUUCAGCCUUUUUCUUCUCCGCGAAGGCCUUCAUGCCGAUCUUUUGGUCCUGGCUUCCAAACAAACUGUGGAAAAUGCGUCUCUCGUACUCGACGCCCUCCCUGAUUCCCAAGUCCUGGGACUUGUUGACAACCUCUUUGGCAGCGAUCACUGCGACGCGUGAAUAGCUGGCGAUUUUGGCGGCAGUAUCAAUUGCUCCUUGGAGCACCUCCUGGUGUCCACCGUCAAAUGCUUUGGCCACUAGGCCAUGCUUUUCCGCAUCUUCACCGGAGAAGUUGUUGCCCGUCAGAAUAAGCUCCAUAGCUUUUGAUUUUCCAAUAGCCGCUGUGAGCCUUUGGGAGCCUCCUGCACCAGGAAUCGUGCCGAGUUUGAUUUCGGGCUGACCAAAGUUGGCCGUUUUGGUACUGUAGACAAUGUCGCACAUCAUGGCAAGCUCGCAACCACCGCCUAGAGCAUGUCCGGAGACGGCAGCGAUGACAGGCUUGCGCAGCGUGGUCAGAUAAGACCAUGGGGCUAUGAAGUUGUUGACAUAGGCAUCGGAGAAAGUUAAAGGGGCCAUUUCCUUGAUGUCAGCACCCGCUAAGAAACAGAGUUGUCAGUAUCAUGAACGAACAUGAACAAGGUGUUUCAACAUGAGCAUACCGGCGAAAGCUCGUUCGCUCCCGGUCAAGACGAUGGCACCAAUUUCCUUAUCUUCUUCAAACUUUUUAAGCGCAUCAUUCAACUCGACGAACAAGGCACUUGAGAGGGCAUUGAGAGCCUUUGGUCGGUUUAGGGUGACUGCGAGUGAC